GCGCUUAAGAUCGUCGACUUGAAGCUUCUCGCGGGAGCCAGGCUUUUUCAUAGGCAAAAACUUGUUUCUCUUUCACUUGGAUCGACAGUUUGCGCCAGCGCUUUGCCAAGCUAACAACGGUUUUAAAAGUUUUCCGCGGGUGUUUGCAAUGUGCGUCGUCGUGUGACAAUCGUGUGUUGGGUCCAUCAGUUUAAACCUGUAAUUUGUAGCAAUCUUUCAACGGUUUCUUUUUAUCUGAGUGUUCUGAUCGAAUUAUCUUUAAAUUGCUCUUUAAUACUUUCGAAAGUGUGGAUGCGAUUGUAACGAUUUGAAAAGUUGAAGUGGUUGCGAAAAAAGUGACAUUUCAACCGGAGAAUCUAUAGAAGGUGCCAUUAUUUCUGUUAUAUCAUCAUCAGGAGCGAAAUCCAGCUGUGGGCCAAUUGAAGCGAAAGGAAGCGCACAUAAUCGUUCGAAAAAAGUGUACGAAGUCAGUGGCAGACAGACGGUAGCCGGAGCUAAGCUGAGCGAGAGAGAGAGAGAGAAAAAAAUGGAGGCGAAAAUAAAAGUAAUCGCUUUAGUAUCACUAUUGAUCGGUGUGAGCGCAGCCCAGCGGCAGGACCAGGAAGAUCCGUGCAAGGUGAAGUCCAAAGUCGUCGGGGAUGUGACGUACUGCGAUCGGUACUGGGAGUGUGUCAACAAUCAACCGGAACUGUACGAUUGUCCCAAUGGGUUGGUUUUUGCAGGCAAGCAUCGAGGAGUUACCGAAGGAUGUGAUUACCCGUGGCGGUCGGAUUAUUGCGAUGGAAAACAGCUAGCAAAUGGACCAAUUUCAACCGAACACUGUGACUGGCUGUAUGGCAUCUUCGGACACGAGACUUCCUGCACCCGUUACUGGACCUGCUGGAACGGAACGGCCACCGAACAACUAUGCAUCGGAGGGCUGCUGUACAACGAGAACGCCCACAGCUGCGACUGGCCGGAAAAUGUUGACGGAUGCCAGAAACAUCCACUGUGCAAUGACGAUGCUAAUGGAAAUGUUCCGCUAGGCAAGUCCUGCAACCGAUACUGGCAAUGUCAGGGAGGAUAUCCACGGCUGCAGCGAUGCCCCGCCAUGUUGGUGUUCGAUCGGCGAAGCCUGCGAUGCGUGGUGCCACCGACGGAGGAUUGCGAAGUUCCAACGACCCCGCUGCCAUUAGAGGGAGAUUUCUUGGAUCAGGGAAAGGGUAAUGCCAUUUCGAAUCUGUCGCCCGGUGCCAUCCAGGGCAAGUCCAGUGGAGGUCGGAACAAAAACUAGAGAGCCACGUGUUAAAAAUGACUGUUGCUGGUUGGGUUGUCACUCGCACACAUAUCCGUACACAGACAUACACAUUCGCACACAAACACACUUGUUAGCAAAUAGCCCAACUAUUCUUCAUCACCAUCUGGGCGGGGGAAGAAAACCGGAACUAACGAACCAACUUACUAGCACCGAGAAGGAAGAGAAGAGAAGCGGGGGUGCUACACCCUCUUCUUAAACGCGCCCUGACCCAUCAGCAAAUCCAGAAGCAGAGGCAAGAGGUCUGGAAUGGCAGCAGCCGCAACAGUAUCACAUUCUACAUCCCUGGUGUAAAGCGAGGAAUUUCUACGACUUUAAUGUUAUAAAUCACACACUCCCGUCUGCUACGGUGUAGUAACAGCAGCACAGCAUCCAUUUACAUACACAUUCUCCCUUUCAUACAUUUGAGAUACGAAAAAAAAAAAAAUAAUAAAAAAGAACAAGCAUACAUCAAACAGCACGGAAACGAACUUCAUAAGUUUUGUAUAUAAAUAAUAUCAUCAAAUGCAAACAAUGUCACUUUCCUCUACUUUUAUAUUAUUGUUCAUUCGUUUUAUUACGUGUUAGUAUUUAAAGCAAGCGAGACGCAGCUGAUGUUGAGAUUGAGAAGAGUUGAAAAAAUAAAAACAGACGAACAGUUAGAAUAAUAAAUAACGUUAAGACCA